AUGUCCAACGGACUCACCUAUCUUAGCCUACGAUGUGUUUUGGAGUAUCUCGAUGCGCUGAAGCGAAUUCCCAUCACACUACGAAGCCGUGUCCUCCAACGAAUCGACAACUCAAUCCCUCUCCGAGUGAAGAACAUUAAUAUACAGAACACCCAUUUGAUCAUAGACACCAAGUCUCUCCAAUCAUACGCUCAAUAUGAGUUUUGGUUAAUGACGGAUGAUGAAGUGAAGCGGGAGGAGAGAAGACGUGCGGAGGUAAUGAAAGAGUUGUUUGUUCAAUAUUUGAGAGGAAAGUCAAAUAUCUACGUGGACAAGGUGUUAUUCAAUAAAGUGAACAAUCUUGAAACCGUCCAAGUAAAGAUACCUAUAACAGCUAAUAAGUUGAGCGCGUAUCUCUGCAACAUUGCUGACCUUAAUAUGAUGAUUAGCUCCCCACUCCAAGAGCUUUGUCUUAAUAAUCAACCAUUUAUUGUGGACUAUCCCAUUGUUCAUACCGCCCGGAGCUUAAUUCUUAAAUCAAACAAACGAGGUAUAAGCGUCCCUGGGAUUGAGAAGCUUCCUAAUAAAAAGGUCUUGGUAAUAGCUACUUAUGAUUGCUCUCGUAUCGAGAGACUUAUAUUGAGGAUUAUUAGAUAUUGGAUGAAGAAUGGGAAAGACGUGGGAACGGAGUAUUUGUUUGAGCUUCAUUAUAAUGUGCUUGGUUCUAUUUUGCAACGUUUCUUAAGGCGGUUCUAUAAGUUUCAGGACCUGUUGGAGGAGGUUGAUGAUCAAUUCCACCCAGAAGCGCCGCGGUUUCUGAUACCAAUCAAUGGAACAUCGCUCAGGAUUCAGGUUUAUGUAAGGGUUAAGCCAGACGAUCGUAGAAAUUCAACACUUGUGUUGAGCGUUGUGGAAGUUUGA